AUGGUUCCACAGCCAGGAUACGUCCCCGGUUUACUUGAUGGGCAACUCUACGAGCAACUCCACAAGCAAUUCGGCCUCUCCGAGUCCAAUAUGGAGAUCAUGGUCAACGAGUAUCACACCGCCACUGCGUACGCACCGCCGCCAUUCGAGGAUGUCCUCUACAGGCAACCAGAGGCCUCUGUCGACGAACCGGUCCCAGGAAUGGUCCUUAGCAUACCCAACAUACCCGUCAUCAAUUCAGCAUACAACAAUGUCGAACCCACCACCAAUUAUAUCGACCCCACCACCACUUACAUCGACCCCACCACCACUUACAUCGAUCCCAUUUACACCAACGAUGCACCCGCUUCCCUGACGUAUACCAACACCAACACCAACGCUCGUGCGUAUGAAUCGGCAGGGCAUGAAGAAAGAUCGGAAGGGAAAGCGUCGGAAACCUUUGUUGCUGAGGAAGGUGUCAUUGUUGAGGAAGUGUUCUUUGAUGCCAACAGAACAACUGCUAGCGGUGCACCUGCAGUGGCAGACGCACGACCGUGUGUGAAAAAAACUAUCACCAGAGAUCUGGGCACCACUUUGAUUGGUAUUAUAUCUCUUGCUGCUAGUCAUACCUCAGACGGUGCCGUCGACAUGAUGAUCUUGAUGGUCCAGGCUGCAUCUGACCACUACAUUCUCUGGGAGAAGGAAUGUUUAAGAGACGCCUUUAUGGCGAUAAAAAGACUAGCUUAUCUUGCAUUAUGGUAUCCUGUCCAGGAUCUACAAAUAUGGCGCGUGACGCGCUCUCUUGCCAACGGACAGGCCACUUACCAACAAACUGCUACUUGCAUAUCCCAUGCUCAACAAUCACUGCUUGAAGCCACGCAUGCAGUUGUGUUGACAGUAGAACCAUUAUCUGGCUCUAAUCGCGGGUAUUAUUCCGCGGUGGUUCUAGCAUGGGUCUUAGUUGAAUGGUCUCGUCGGAAUGGCGUUGGCAAACGCAAGAACAACAAGGUGGCCAUAAAAAAUCUAGCCUACCAGUUGGUAGACUCAACAAAUUCAAGCUCGUUGACAAUCGUGUUACUUGUCGCUGCAAAGGAACAUAGCUUAUCGUCAUUCUUCAAGGACCCCACCCUCAAGGUCCAUAUUGAAAACCAUUUAAUGGAUGGAAAUGUCAAGCUUGCACCGGACCAUAUCCACCGGGCCAUUGCAAUCGGGAUGGCCCUGCUUGGGACAACCAACCCAGACUGUUAG